CCCCCUAAUUGCCUCCCCCCCCCCUCCUAAAGGAGAUGUCACAGCAUCUGUACAAUGGAAGCAGCAGAUAGGACCACAGAGCCGGCUACCUCCAGUAGCUGAGGACGCCUGAUCUCCUGGUACAAGGCACAAGAUGAAGACAUUGCUGCGCCAUGGGCUGGCAGUAUUGCUAGCACUCAGCACCAUGUGUACCAGUCUGGUGAUCAUGUACAGCAAUAUGGGCAGCGUGAAAGAACAGAGCCCGCCGCAUUCAUCAGCUGGCAUCGGGAAAGAGGGCAGGAUAAGCGCCAAGGAGUACACCCCGAGCCCCGUCCUGGAGGGGUACAUCAGCGUCUCAGACCACAAGCCCCUGAAAAUGCGCUGCGAGAGUUGUGCGCUAGUCACCAGCUCGGGACACCUGCUCGGCAGUAAACUGGGUAAUAAGAUUGACCAGACGGAGUGUGUAAUACGUAUGAAUGAUGCGCCCACUCGGGGCUACGGACAGGACGUUGGCAACAAAACCAGCCUGCGAGUGAUCGCACACUCCAGUAUACAGCGUAUACUCCGCAACCGCAACGAACUCCUGAACAUGAGCCAAGGCGCCGUCUUCGUUUUCUGGGGACCCAGCAGCUACAUGAGGAGAGACGGCAAAGGAUUAGUCUACAACAAUCUGCAGCUCAUAAACAAGAUUCUACCUCGAUUAAAAGUUCACAUAAUAACCCGACACAAGAUGCUGCAGUUUGAUGAACUCUUCAAGAAGGAGACGGGAAAAGACAGGAAAGUCUCCAACACUUGGCUCAGUACGGGAUGGUUCACCAUGUCCAUUGCAUUAGAGCUCUGCGAUACAAUCAAUGUGUACGGGAUGGUCCCACCGGAUUUCUGCAGGGCUGCCAACCACACGUCAGUACCUUACCAUUACUAUGAACCUUUGGGACCAGAUGAAUGUACUAUGUACAUCUCCCAUGAACGAGGGCGCAAAGGAAGCCACCACCGCUUUAUCACGGAGAAAAGAGUUUUUGCCAACUGGGCACGGACAUAUAACAUCCACUUUUUUCAACCAGACUGGAAACCGGAAACACAUUCUGAUAGGCAAGGCCCAGUAAAGCCAAUGUUCUGAGAAGACAGAUGACCCAAAGUAGUUAAAAACAGAGAAAAAGAGAGCACUCAGCAUUGACAGUGGCAUCUAAGUGGUUUACGACUGGCAUCGGAACUAUCUCCAAUGCUGAUCACUGACUGCGGCUGUUACCUGCUCAAAGCAGUCAUAAGCUGCUGGGUAUACACAGUGCUUGGCUUACCAUACCAUGGAGCAUUAAAAGGUGUUAUCCAGGAUUAGAAGAAAAAAAAAAAAGAUCUAUAUACUUCAAAAAACAGCGCCAAGCCUGUCGUCAGGCUGUGUGCGAUAUUCGAUUGAAGUGAAUGGAGCAAAGUUGUAAUACCACACACAACCUGAGGACCGAAGUGGUGCUGUUUUUUUUUUAAAAGAAAUUAGCUCUGUUUUUCUAUUACUGAAUAACUUUUUAUUAUUAAUACAAUGAUUUUUAUUAUUAAAAGGAUUUAUUCAA